ACUAUCAACUAUCCAAACAGCUUUUUUGUUUCGAGUUUUUAUUUUCUAUUAUUAAUUGUAUUUAAUUGUGUCUUUUUAUAUUUAAUUAUAGUGUGAACUGUUAAAAUAAGUAUUAGAAUGACUGAAGACGACGAGUUUUUCUUUGAAGAGGAUAAACUGGGAAUGAGAGUAACAUCUGGAGUGGUCAAGAUUGACAAGGAUGAAAACAACCUGAUAGGGAUUUCAAUUGGAGGUGGUGCACCUAAUUGUCCAUGUUUAUAUGUUGUCCAGGUUUUCGAUGAAACUCCAGCAUCAGCAGAAGGAACUCUCGAGUCAGGUGAUGAGAUUGUCUCUGUAAAUGGUGUCUCUAUGAAAGGAAAGACAAAAGUUGAAGUUGCCAAAAUGAUUCAAUCUGUUAAAAGUCAAGUCAUCAUUAACUAUAAUAAAUUGCAUGCUGAUCCAAAGCAAGGUAAAUCGUUGGACAUCAUCUUAAAAAAGGUGAAACAUCGAAUGGUCGAGAAUAUGAGUUCAGCCACUGCAGAUGCUCUUGGGUUGAGUCGAGCUAUCCUUUGUAAUGACAGUUUGUUGAAAAAGCUGGAAGAGUUAGAAAAGAUGGAAGAAAUGUACAGAGGAAUUAUUGAUCACAUUUUAUCCUUAUUGAAAAGUCACAUUGAUAUGUGCCAGGUUUAUAAAGCAUUUGGUGAUGUAUUUGCUGAAAUAGGAGUCCGAGAACCAAAUCCAUCAGCAAGUGAAGGAUUCAGUAAAUUUGGCGAAACCCAUAGAACCAUUGAAAAACAAUCGAUUGAAAUGCUACAAAAUAUUAAACCGGUUCUCAAUGAUCUUCACACCUUUUUAUAUAAAGCAGUUCCGGAUACAAAAUUAACAAUUAAAAAAUAUGCCGACGUCAAAUUUGAAUAUUUGUCUUAUUGUUUAAAAGUAAAAGAAAUGGAUGACGAAGAAUAUCAAUACCAAACAUUACAAGAGCCACUUUAUCGGAUCGAAACUGGCAACUACGAGUAUCGAUUGGUUUUAAGAUGCCGUCAAGAUGCUAGGAAGCGUUUUGGUAAACUCCGUUCUGAUGUUUUGGAAAAAUUGGAGCUUCUUGACCAAAAACACGUCCAAGAUGUCGUUCUUCAACUUCAACGUCUCAUCUCUUCAUUUGGUAAACUUCACAUUGAAUGUCAUUCAUUGAUAAAGGACAAUUUAAUAUCACCGAUUGAGGUUGAUUUAUCAAAUACUUGUACAUUUACAUAUCCUGAACUUGGGGUAAGUCCAUACCAGGAUGAUGUCGAAGAAGAAGAUGAAGGCGAAGAAGCCAUGCCUGAACUACUUGGAGGAUUAACAUUGGAUGAUGAUCCACCGGCCGCAAUGCGAACAAAAUCUUCCAAAAAACUUGAAGAAAUUGAUCUUCUAAGUAUUGAUUGAAAAAAUCCAAAGACCAAUUUAAAUAAAUAAGUCAUCUUUAAUACUAUCAAGUGAUUAAUUUAA